CGGCGGGGGACCCGGCGGGGCCACUGCAGGCAGCGGUGGCAGCAUGCAGCAGGAGGCGGAGGGCAGCCGACCGCGCCGCAGGAAGCCUGACAUGGCUCUCUAUGUGCCCAAAGCACGGCGGGAAAGAGCUGCACAAGCAGCAGAUGACAUGCUGGCUGGGCAUCGCCGGGAGCCCAAGAAUCACCACCUGGCACAGGACACUAGCACAGGCAGCAGUGAGGGGCAGAAGCGAAGCCCCCAUGCCAGGACGCAGGCAGGCAGAACAGUGAGGAAGGAGAGCAAGGUGGAUGCCAGCCCAAAGGAGCCACCGGCAGCCUCUGCCGGUCAUUGCCAGAGGCCAGGAGGCAGCUGCACCCCCCUGCCUGUGAGCCUGGGAGCAUCACCCAGUGUGCAGGAGUCGUGCCUGGAUCCCGCUGUUGCCCGGCCCUGCGAUGGGCAGGACAAAUCAUCCCAUGAUGAAGGACUCGGGGAGCUCAGCCAUGGCUGCCAGAUAAUGAGGACUGAGCCUGACCCUCCAUCCCCACUUAGUGCUCAGCCUGGGCCUAUGGAGGCUGCAGAGCCCAAGGGUGACCCUAUUAGCCCAACACCCCCUGCUAGCCUGAUGCCAGAAUGCCAGACAGUGCCAAGUGGUGUGUUGGAGCAUUUGGGAGGCAACACCUCAGAUCCAGCCAGGGACCUCUCUCAGAACCUGGGAGAGAGUGUUCUGCUGUUGGCAGGGGUGGAUGAUCAGGGCAGCGUUCCUGCGCUGGCUGUGGGUUUUAAAGCCUGGAGGAAGAGGGAGUGUGGACAUUAUCUCCUGGCAGGGCAGAGUGAGUACUAUGCUGCUGGGGCACCAGAGGAGGAGGAGAGGUGGGGAGUCAUGGCUGAACGUGUCAGGGAGGACACCUUGGAUGCCCCAGGACGAGCCAGCUACAAGCCUGGGUGCUUGAUGGGUGGUGCACCAGGGCUCCUGGGGGACAGUACCCCAGAGCAGGCCCAGCUCCCACCUGGGAAGGAAGAGAGCAUUUCCAGCACCCAGCAUCCCUGUUGGGAGGAUGUACCAGUGCCCACUGUGGACGGGGUGGGCAGCAGCUCUGCCUGCACAGGUGACAGCACUGGGACUGAGAGCAGUCCACUGGGUGAUGGUGAGGAGCUGGUGAGCAGUGCCUGGGAGGGGGUGGCCCUGGAGAGCCGCAAGCCUCCAGUGCCCCUGGAGCUGCUGUGCCAUGGCGUAGAGGGGCUCUCACCUGCAGCCUGGGCCGAGGAGUCAGUGAGGCUGGGUGAGAACACAGCCUCACCACAGCAGCACCAGUGCAGCCAGGAGGCUGAGGAGAGUGGUGGAGGCGUCUGCAGUGGCUCCCCAAAGGCAGAGAAAACCAGCACUGGGACACAGAGCCAGGCCAGCCCAGACACCGAAGAGAGCUGGGAUGCACUGUUCAACGAUGAUGGGGACUGCCUGGACCCAGAGCUGCUGGAGGAGCUCUCAGGGGGCAAGAAGCUCCAGGAUAGCCAGCAGUCACCCCGCUUCAACUACUAUAGGGCCGAGCCUGCUGCACCAGACCUCAGCGAUGCUGAACUGCCCCAUGUCAUCGAGAUUUAUGAUUUCCCCUCGGAUUUCCGCACUGAAGACCCGCGUGUUUUCUGCAGCUAUCAGAAAAAAGGCUUUGAUAUUAAAUGGGUGGAUGAUACACAUGCCUUGGGCAUUUUCUCCAGCCCCAUAACAGCAAGCGAUGCCCUCAGCACCAAGCACCUGAUGGUGAAGACUCGCCCACUUUCCCAAGGCACCCGUGCCUCUAAAGCAAAAGCCAGGGCAUAUGCGGACUACCUGCAGCCAGCCAGGAGCGCCCUGAAACAUCGGCUGCCUUGGCCAGGCGGCUGGUGAUCGGUGCCCUGGGGGUACGCAGCAACCAGACGCCAGCUCAGCGGGAUGCCCGAACGGAGAAAGCUGCAAGAAGCCCGGGAGAGGAAGCGCCUAGAGAGCAAGCAGCGGGAAGAUGCCUGGGAGGCCGGGAGUGAGUGAGGAGAUUGCACCUUACUCUGCUGGGGAACCCUUCUGGGGUGCCCGGGUCCUCUCUGCAGACAGGCACCAGCAUCUUGGAGCAGGAAACGGAUCUUGUGCACAUUGCCAAAGCACUGGGCUGCUCCACUGAGGGGGCUGAGCAGGGUCGCGCACAGGCUGUUGGUGCUGUGCGGAUGCUGUUGCCCGCUUGCCCCAGGGCAGUAGCCCCGGUGCUGCUGAGGGAGCAGCCGGCAGGAUCAGGGGAUCUCGGCAGUGAUCACAUGGGGGGACCCCUGCACCUGGCAGGGCCUUGAGAACGAGAGUUUCUGUCCUUUAUUUUGCUAAUAA